ACCCGCCGCCGGCCGAACCUCCUUCUCCCCUCCCCUUUCUAUUUCACCGUGCCCUUGUUUUCUCUACAUUGGGGCAUCAACUUACUAGAAAAGAGGUUCUCCAGAAACGCACUGACAGAGGAAGAAAAGAAGGCUUUCAAGAAACUAUUGAAAGAAGAUGGCUACUAUACGAUCAGAGUGUCAUCUAAUGUGUUAGAUCCUCCGGGAAGAGAUUUUGUUGUUUCAUCAGUCAGAGUUAUCAUGUCAAACUCUGAUGAUGAAUCUGAUGACUAUGAUGAAUUAGGCUCAGAUAUCAAUUUGCUUCUUAUUUUGAGCCAUGCAAAUGAUUUUUUUCAUGAAAUGACUCAGUUUCAUAGAUCUAUUGAUCGGAUGCCUUGUCGAACGUCAUCUCUUACUGGGAGGAUGUAUAUUCAAGAAAUACUUGAUGGGCACCCUCAAGUUUGCUUUGAUAAUUUUCGUAUGUCGAAACAUGUGUUCGUGAAUUUUUGUAGGACAUUAAAAGAGAUGAAUCUAUUACAAGAUGGAAAGAAAGUUACUGUUGAAGAAGGUGUCGCUAUGUUCUUACUAAUCAUCGGGCACAACACACGACAUCGAAUAUGUGCAGAUCGAUUUCAACAUUCAUUGUACGCUUGUAGCAAGUGGUUCAAACGAGUUUUACGAGCUGUUUGUACAUUGGGCACACAUAUUAUUCGACCAUAUGAACACAAUGGUGUCCAUCCUCACAUAUUGCAUAAUCCAAAGUGGUUUCCAUAUUUUAAGAAUUGUCUUGGAGCUAUUGAUGGAACUCACGUAUCGGCAUGGGCACCGACAUCAAUUCAAACAUCUUUUCGUGGUAGAAAGGUUAUUGUCACACAAAAUGUGAUGCUUGUAUGCGAUUUCGAUAUGCUUUUUACAUUUGUGUAUACAGGCUGGGAGGGGACAACAAAUGAUUCAAGGGUGUUCAUAGACGCUUUGACUAGGCAUGAAAAUCAUUUUCCUAAACCUUGCGGUGGUAAGUAAUAGAAAAAAUGCUCUAUAUAUAUUCAUUUAUGUAGGUAUUUUACAUUAUUAAUUAAUAUGAUAAUACUAUCACAGAUCAAUUUUAUUUGGUUGAUUCUGGUUACCCAAAUAUGCCGGGGUUUCUUGCUCCGUAUCGAGGUCAACGCUAUCACUUGAGAGAUUAUCGACGGCAAGGCAGACCAAGGGGGAAGGAAGAGUUGUUCAAUUAUAGGCAUAGCACAUGUCGUAAUAUUAUUGAGCGAUGCAUUUGUUGGUCCCUUUGGAGGCCGGCAAGAGGGGAGGGGUGAAUUGCCCUACAAAUUAAAACACGAACCUUUCUCGGAUUUCAACUAUAUAAUGAACACUUGUAAUAAAUAAAUAAAAGAG